ACUUGUAACCCUAAUGUCGUUUCUUUUCUAAUUUCUUUCUACUACCCUGGACCAUUUCAUACUAGUCUGUUCGAGUCAGAUACCAUUUCCCUUACAAUGUCCAAUGACAUACAGAAGGCCGACCAGAUAGCACACAGAUUCUACACAAAGCUUUGUCUUGUCGUCUCAAAUGCUAGGGCCACUUCUGAACUAAAGUCUCAAUCAAAGGUCGACAAAUGGUUUAACCUUGAAACCCCAGACUCUGACCUCUUAAGAGAUCAUCUUCGUAUAUACAAAGCAGUAUCUACUGCACCUGCGCCACCCCCAUUCGAACUUCAGGUGCUACUCUCCGUCCCAGAUCUCAUCACUAAUCAAGUCUUGGUCCACCUUGCACAUGAUUCCUCUCGCUUUCGCAUCGACCCAACGCCUAGGCACAUCGUACUCGAGAAGUGGUUGCUCAAUUUUGUUCCAGAAGCUCGUGGAGACAGUGACGCCGACAGUGUGGCACCAUCCACCAUUUACAAGCAUGGAAUACCUCUCUUCCGUAGUAUCUACAGUCUACUUCGUAUUCUUCCCUCCUGGAAGCUUUACAAGAAGCUUAGGAGGCGCACAAGCAAUGCCUACCGGAACGGCAACCUAAGUAUCCAUCUGCGCGUCAAGGGCCUUGAGGACGGCGUUAGCGCGACUGACAUCCUCGAUUUCGACACGCCCCCUGCACCCAAUGCACCACCACUACAGCACCAAACCCAUAUCUUCCCUGCUAUUCCACAUCCUUCGGGUACACUCUCCCUUGACAUCACCUACCUCUCUUCUCCAAACUUCCAGCUCGACGAACUUGAAUCUCUCCUCUCCUCUCGGUUUCUCUCUCUAGAUGAAGGACCAGAGUUCACCCCUACCCUUGCAAAGAACCAGCAGCGUGAUUCCUUAACGGGCCUUCCGGGUAGUCUACCAUUGCGUGCAUCUCUUCCAAAGUCACCACCGUCCUCGAUUGCAGAUCGUUUUGUUCUCCCCGCCCCAAAUUCUCACUCCCGUACAAACUCCAUGCCGGUCAGCCAGAGUCCACGCUUGGGCGCUUUCCCCAUGAGUCGUACUUCCACCGGCGCCGGGAUCAACGCGGGAUCGACAUCUGCCCUCUCGAUCGCGUCCUCACGUCAAGAUUCGAGUACAGCUUGGUCCAAGGAAGACACAGGACCUUUUUCGGGCGUUUCCGCUGCUGCGCGCAUCAGAUUGGAGAGUAUGGCGGGGAGGAGUAGUAGUGCGGUCAGCAUUAUAUCAUUCGAUUUAUUCAUCGACAACUGACGUCUCUUCAGGACCUUCCCUCUACCCCAGCGCCACUU